AUGCUUCCGUACUCUCGUGGUCUAAUCAUAGACAACGCAAGCAACUAUGGUAUAGUAAAGACAGAGACCGUCUUUGGGUUCGGACCUAACAGUGACAAUUAUGUGAACAGCACGUUUAACUCAACAGAGCCGCUGGAAUGGAUUUUCACGAGGGGCAACUUUGGACAAGGCUCUGUGCCAGAUCCAAUAACCUCCCAAUCAGAUUCACGAGCCUACAAGGACUCCAAACCGAAGACAAGCACCACCACGUCACCUCCACCACAGCAACGUAGUAAGAAGAUUAAGAAAGGAAUAAAAAAACUCAAGAAGAAGCUUAAAAGGAAAGCGAAGAAGACUAAAAAGUGCAUCUUCAAGGUCAUAAAGAAGGGGAAGAAGAACAGAGGAGGAAAUAAGUUUAAGAUGCAUAAGAAGUACAUGCUGCCUCUGAUAUUGGGACUUUUAGCUGCGAAGAGUCUGCUGAUUCCUAUUGCAUUGAAGGCGCUGGCGUUUUUGUCUGCUAAAGGUCUAAUGAUGGGAUUCUUCUCCACCGUAAUGGCGUCGGUCCUCAGUCUCAAAGGGAUGUUCGACCACCACCACGGAUACCAGAACCGGAAGGACGAUACCAAAACCCAAGUUGAAAUCAUCCAAGUACCUUCGAAGAGCGAGGACAGUCAUGUCUACUACGAUGAUCAUUAUAACCACUAUAAAAGAGGCGACUAUGAGUUUAUACGAGAUUAUAACAAUUAUAACAAUCUACCCACGAUUAUAAGGGCGGUGGAACACGGAGAAUAGAACUUUAUUCAUUUGUCUUUAGACACCUUUUUCGCUGUCUUGUCCUAGUCUAUUUAUUUACAAUGUUAUUGCUAUAAUUUAACUUAUGAUAUCUUGUACAUACUUUGAUGCUAGUUGUAUUUCUUAAUCGACAGGGACAAGUGUA